AUGAUAAAAUCGGACAAGAAACAGUCCAAAAGACUAACGUUGAUGAGUCGUGCGAAACGAUUUCCUUCAAAUAGCAACAACAUAGCACACGUCGCCAAAGUUUUCCACAUCGAUGCCAAGAAGGUCGAUGUAUUAAUGAGGAAUUUAAAUACGAGAACAAAACGAAUACAAGGCUUGAAUGAGGAACUUCGUGAGCUCCUGGAACAUUUCACAAAUGAUUGA